CGGCCGCCGCCGCCGCCGCCGCCGCCGCCGGGCAGCGCAGGAGCCGCGGCGCAGCGCGGCCAUGCCCGCCCCCGCCGCGCCCCGCCGCCUGGCCGCCGCCGCCCCCGCCGGCAAGGCCAAGCUCACCCACCCCGGCAAGGCCAUCCUGGCAGGUGGCCUGGCCGGAGGGAUCGAGAUCUGCAUCACAUUCCCCACCGAGUAUGUGAAGACGCAGCUGCAGCUGGAUGAGAAGGCAAACCCUCCCCGCUACAAGGGCAUCGGGGACUGCGUGAAGCAGACCGUCCGGGACCAUGGCAUCCGGGGGCUGUACCGGGGGCUCAGCUCGCUGGUCUAUGGCUCCAUCCCCAAGGCUGCUGUCAGGUUCGGGAUGUUCGAGUUCCUCAGCAACCAGAUGAGAGAUGAGCAGGGGCGGCUGGACAGCACACGGGGCCUUAUCUGCGGGCUGGGCGCCGGCGUGGCCGAGGCAGUGGUGGUGGUCUGCCCCAUGGAGACCAUAAAGGUGAAGUUUAUCCAUGACCAGUGCUCCCCGAAGCCCAAAUACCGCGGUUUCUUCCACGGCGUCCGGGAGAUCGUUCGGGAACAGGGACUAAAGGGGACCUACCAGGGCUUAACCGCGACUGUUCUCAAGCAAGGAUCAAACCAGGCCAUCCGCUUCUUCGUCAUGACCUCCCUCAAGAACUGGUACAAAGGGGACAAUCCCAACAAGGUCAUCAACCCCUUUGUCACGGGGGUGUUUGGAGCCCUUGCUGGAGCUGCAAGCGUCUUCGGCAACACCCCCUUGGAUGUGGUGAAGACCAGGAUGCAGGGGCUGGAAGCGCACAAGUACAAGAGCACCUGGGACUGUGCCUACCAGAUCAUGAAACACGAAGGGCCACUGGCGUUUUACAAGGGCACAGUGCCCCGCCUGGGCCGCGUGUGCCUCGACGUGGCCAUCGUCUUCGUCAUCUACGACGAGGUGGUCAAGUUCCUCAACAAAGUGUGGAAAACGGACUGAGUGGGGUGGGCCGGGGCAGCCCCGGCCUCCAUUGCCCCGCGGGGCUGCGGCUGGAGAGCUGUGACCAAGCCUGCAGCUGCCCGCCGGCACGGCCCGGGGCCGAGUCUGCCCCUCACGCGCACACACCCCCCCCACACCCGGCCACCUUUAUGUUUAGGAACAGGUUCUGGAGCAGGUUAAAUUAUCAUUUGUGUGCUGAAAGGAGCAGGGAGGGAGCAGCAUCCCAGCACCCACACCCCCAGCAUCCCACUUAUGCCUGCCCUGAUCCCCUGGUGUCACUUUCCCCUGGUCCUGCAUCACCUGCAAGGUUAUCCAGGGUGAGGUGUCCCCUGGGACGGUGGCCCUGCACCCCUGGGGCCUCUGGCAGCCAGGAGCUGCCGGCUGCCCAAGGGCCAGCACUUUUUGGGGAUGCCGAGAGCCCCCUGGAGCCAUGUGGGUGCAAUGGCCAAGCUGUGCACCAGGCAUUGCAGCUGGUGGAGGCUCUUGGGGCUGACCGCUGGCUGGGAGCGAUGCACCAGCUCUCACAGAGGCUCCAGGGGUGCCUGCCAGCCCUGCACCCCCUGGGACAGGAGGUCAGUGACCCGCUGGCACAGCCCCAGGCUCCCUCCUUCCCUCCUUCCUGCCAGCACCGAGGCCCCCUGGCAUGCAGCAUCCCAGCCCCCUGCUCCCGCUCAGCCCUGGGCUGCUGAGCAGGCACAGCCCAAAAUUGCACAUACAGCCAGGCCUUUAGUUCUUUUCACCGCGGGGUGGGACUGGGGCGAGCUGGGUGCCCCCAUCACUUGCUGUUUACAGUCAAGACACGUGUGCAAGCCAGGGUGGGGAGGCGCAGCCCUGCGCCGCAGCCCUGGCCCCUCGGCCGGGGGUGCAAACCCCUUCUUCUGCCACAUUCCCCCCAUCUACCCUUACCUUGCUGCGGCCCUGUAGGUAAUCCCGUAGCUUUCAGAGCUUCACACUGACCCACUAACACCCAUGGCCAUGGGGACAGAGCCCUGCCCUGCCCCACUCUGGGCUCGGCCGCACCAGAUUUGUGCCAAACUUCCUGCCGCAGAGCCGGGGCUCACCCCGUCCCUCGUCCUUCCUGUCACCAGUGACGAAUGCAGCCUUAACACGGGAGGGCAAAGGAGGAGAAGGAAAGCCUGGGCGCGGUUUACCUGCGGCUUUCUGCUCUGCAGCCAGUGAUGGUUGGGUUAUUUUUUGUUUGUUUAGUCGGUUUUUUUAUUAUUCUGUUUUACAUUCGCAAUUUGAAUAAAAUCAGUCUGGCUUUAGCAGCU